CGUGAUUUUGACAACUGACAAGUGAUAAACUCCGGUGAACGUCAAAUUGAUUCCAGGUAAAUUUUAACAAUUUCUGAUGUGGUAAUAACUAAUUUGGUGCAAGAAACACAAAAAUGAGUAGUAAAACGUUGAAACUCAACAACGGCCUUGAGAUUCCCGUCGUGGGUUUGGGAACAUACAAGUCGGGAAAAGGUGAAGUAAAAAGGGCCGUUUCGGAUGCCAUUGAUGCCGGUUAUCGUCAUUUCGAUUGUGCUUGGUUUUAUGGCAAUGAGGAUGAAGUUGGCGUUGCACUUAAUGAAAAAAUACAACAAGGUGUUGUCAAACGAGAAGAUUUAUUCAUUACAAGCAAAUUGUGGAACAAUUUCCAUGCGAGAGAUAAAGUAGUUCCAAUGUGUAAGGAAACUUUGAGCAGUUUAAAACUGGCUUACAUCGAUUUGUAUCUUGUGCAUUGGCCUUUCGGAUUCAAGGAAAGUGCGUCUUUAUGGCCAAUAAACGAAGGCGAAGCCGCUUUCAGCGACAUCGACUAUCUGGAAACGUGGGAAGGAAUGGAAAAAUGUGUACAACUCGGGCUCACAAAAAGCAUCGGAGUUUCGAAUUUCAACGAAGAACAAAUCGAUCGUCUUCUCAAAAAUUGUCAAAUCAAACCGGUUGUUAACCAAGUUGAAGUCAAUCCGAAUUUAAACCAAAAAAAAUUGAUCGAAUUUUGCAAACAACGCGAUAUUGUCAUUACAGGUUAUUGUCCUUUAGGACGUAGCGAAUAUGCCGGAACUCCGGGAUUCCCACAUCCCACAAUUUUCGAUCCGAAAGUCGUCGAAAUGGCCAAGAAAUACAACAAAACGCCGGCACAAAUCGUCUUGAAUUAUUUGGUUUCUUUGGGGAUUAGUGUCGUCCCGAAAUCUGUCACCAAAUCACGAAUUGUCGAAAAUAUCAACAUUUUUGAUUUUAAAUUGGAUGAGGGUGAUGUCGCCUACUUGGAUUCGUGCAACAAGAAUCAAAGGGUGUGUCCGUUGAGCGAGUUUUCCGCACACAAAUAUUACAGUUUUUGAAAAAAAAACCAUGUUUUUCACACUUAAAUAAAGAAAUAAUUAUCUCA